UCAGGCUGCAGUUGCAGCGCUCAGCACACACGGAGCCCGACCAUGCCCACCCCGCCGCUACUGCUGCUGCUGCUGCUGCUCGCUGGCUCAACCGCACUCCCUGCGCCCCCGAGGAUCCCAAGACACUCAGACGGGACGUUCACCAGCGAGCUCAGUCGCCUGCAGGACAGCGCCAGGCUGCAGCGCCUGCUGCAGGGUCUUGUGGGGAAGCGCAGUGAGCAGGACACAGAAAAUAUCCCAGAGAAGAGCCUGACCCGGUCCAAGCCCUCAGAGGACCAGCUCUGCUUGCUGUGGUCGAAUACUCAGGCCCUAGAGAACUGGCUGCUCCCCAGGCUUCCCCUGGAUGGGUCCUGGUCUCCCUGGCUGCCUCCUGGACCAAAGCCUGCUGUCGAUGUUUCAGAGUGGACUGAAGCAACCAGGCAGCCCCGAUGAGGGAGGAAGGGGAGUCUCCAGGAGCUGGCUGGAGCUAGGGUUUGGUUGUCCUUGGUAUCAAUAAAGAAGGAAUUUAGACCUUA